GUGGAUCUUUAAUUCGGAGUGUGUUUCUCACGUGUCUCUGAAAAUUCGUGAAAAUGGUGAAAAAGGACUUAAACAAACAGAGAAGCGGAAUGAAAGAAAAACAAAAGAAAUGUGUGGUGAUGUUUGAUGAUAAAGAGCGACAAGAAUUCCUGACGGGUUUUCACAAGAGGAAAGUAGAGAGACGGAAAGCUGCAAUGGUGGAGAUGAGGAAGAAACUGAAAGAUGAGCAGAAGAAAGUCAGAGAAGGGAGACACAAAGAAUAUUUAAAGAUGCUGAUGGAGCGCCAAGAAGCUCUGAAUGAGGCAGAUGAGCCGGAUGAACUGGAAGACGCAAUAACAUCGACCACUGAGUGUCUUCAGUACAAUCACCCCAACCACACGGUUACAGUGACAACCAUCAGUGACCUCGACCUAUCAGGAUCAAGACUGCUGGAGUCCCAGAGAGUGAUGACGACUGAAAACUGUGAUGAUGCUAAAGAUGCUAAAGAAGAGCAAGUGCAGUCGCUCCCAAGGAAUGCCAGGAAGCCCAUGCUCUCGAAAAAAAUUCAGUCCCUCACGGCGUCCAUUAACAUUUUCACAAAACGGAAGAGGCAGAAGCACAAACAGGAUUCAAGGUGGCAACAUCGCCAGAGUGACAAGAAGUCAUCGGCCAUCCAUGAAAACAAGCUCCGCCUCGGCAGAACCACCAAGAAGCAGAGACGCCAGCGGACUGGAUCGAAGGGGCGGAGUCAGGACUGAGUUGUGUGUUGUGUUGUUUAGCUCACACUGCACAUGUUUGCUUUUGUGUUCUUGUGAUACUUUAAGGACAUUAAAAAUAGAUUUUUCAUCUUAAUGUGUGAUGUUCACAGUUCUUGAGCUUCUGCAUAUCUGAACACUGAUAUUAUAAUGUUUAGGAAAUGUAAUAUUCAAGAUACCAGACACGCAUGAGAACACAAUGAGAACAAAGACUGUUUAUAUUGUCAAGGUGUUUUACUGACUUUAAAGUUCAUCUUCAAAUCUAAAUGUAUUCUUUCUCAUGUGUUUGUAAAUCUGUAUGGCAGUCAUUCUGCAGUGGAACACAAUAAAAAGAUAUUUUGAGAAAUG